AUGGAGCGCCAACGCAAGCGCGAGCUUCGCGAGCUCAACACCAAAGCCUGGGCGGGAGAGAAAGAUGUCUUCCCGGUCCAAGGCUCGCUCGACUCGUCCAUGAAGAAGAACACGGCGUUCAUCAAGCGGCUGCGCACUGCCAUGACCGGCGCGUCCAAAGACACAUUCGUGGCCGAGGUUCGGUCGCUGUCGCUGCACAAAUACCUGUCGGAAAUCAUCUCGGCCUGCUACGAGGGGCUGACAAAGCUCAAGACGCCCGGCGACAUCGCGACCGGCGUCGAGGUCAUCAGCGCGCUGCACCAGCGUUUCGGUCCGGCCGAGUUCACGGGAUACAUUGGGUGGCACAUCGGCCGCGGGCUGGCUACGCCGGACAGGAGCCACCUGAAAACACUGCCGCAGGAUGUGCGCGAGCGCGAGGAGAAGGAGCGCCUGGCACGCCAGCGCGUGCUGCUGCGCGUGGCGACGGAGCUGUGGCUCGUGGGCGUGCUGAGGAGCUUGGAUGACGUUGCCCGCCCCGAGGAAGCGGCGAAGAACAAGGAGAAUCUAAAGGGCGGAGAGGGCUUGCCGAAGAGCAGGAGCGCUACCAAUGGCGGUCGUGCCGAUAAUGCGGAUGCGGAACCUUUUCCGUUGGAAGUGCUGAAGGAUAUGCUGGGACACGACCGGGAACACGUCAAUCUUCCGCUGGUGGUGAUUUUUGUAAAGAGCUUCUCAUGGGAUGUCCUGGGAACGAAGUUUGCGUCGUCUGAAGGAAGGAAGAGCGUCAAUGAGGAUGGCGCAACGAGUGCCGGUGGGAAGCCGGACGAGCAAGCGGAGGAGAACGAGGACGAUUCGGAGGACCCGCCGAUUACGUCCCCGGAGUUGCGUCAGCGCUUCAGGAACAUCCUCACUCGGUACUUUGAGGACGUAAAAGCACAUCUCAUCCGCGAUCAGGAGAAGCUCGUCAACCAAGGCCGCCGGAACGCUGAAGCCUACGUCAAGUCCGGAGAGGUGUUCGAGGACCGCCAAGCCAACUAUGAGAAGCAGGUCAAGGCGCAGGAGAAGCUUUUGGCAAAUGCGCAGGUUUUGGCAGAUGCUGUGGGUGCUGAGAUGCCGGAUCUGAAGGAGAAGGACACGUCCAAUAACCCAGGAGAUGGUAGUAUCGGCUUGGUCAAAACUGGUGAAUAUCUCCGGGGUCAAGGAGAAGGACCAGGCAUCUGGGAGGAUGAAGAGGAGCGCCGCUUCUACGAGAACUUGAUCGACUUGAAGGACCGUGUUCCUGGCAUUCUCUUGGAAGACGGCAAGAAGAAGAAGGGUGAUGGAGAUGACCAAGUUGGAAAGCGGCUCGACUCUGAGAACAAGGAAGAGGCUACAACCCCUGCAGAUGCGAAGCCCGCGGAAGGCGAUGACCAGUCCACUGCCAUUGCAAACAAAUCAGUUGGUGCUCAGGUUGACGCGUUGUUGGCCCGCCUUCCUGAGUUCGUCAACAAGGACCAGGUGGACGAGACAGCUAUGGAGUUUUGCUUUCUCAACUCCAAAGCGUCGAGAAACCGCCUGAUCAAGGCUGUGUCCGAUAUCCCGAAAGGACGCACGGAUCUCCUCCCUCUCUACGCUAGGCUCGUCGCAACGCUUGGGAAGUACAUGCCUGAUGUCAUUCAGGGUAUUGUUGCGUAUUUGGACGACGAAUUCCGCAGCCUACAACGUCGCAAACAGAAGGACUUCUUGGGACAGGUCCGCAUGAUUAACGUACGCUAUCUCGCGGAGCUGACCAAAUUCGGUGCUGUCCCGGAACAUGUCAUAUUCCACUGCCUCAAGGUCAGCCUGGAUGAUUUCUCCCGGAUGAACAUUGAGAUCAUCUGCAAUCUGCUUGAGAAUUGUGGCCGGUAUCUUCUGCGGAAUCCCGAAACUUCGCCGCGCAUGGCCUCCUUCCUUGAAACUCUGCAGCGAAAGAAGACUGCUUCCCACCUUGGCCAGCAGGAGCGCAUGCUCAUCGAGAAUGCGAUGUACUAUGUCAACCCUCCGGAACGUGCAGCUAUCGAGCAGAAGGAGAGGACUCCACUUGAGCUCUUCAUUCGCAAGCUGAUCUAUCUUGAUUUGACAAAGAGAAACCUUGACAAGGUUGUCAAGCAGAUCCGUAAGCUGCACUGGGAGGAGGAAGAGGUCGUUGUGAUGUUGCACAAGAUUUUCACCAAACCUGGAAAGAUCAAGUAUAGCAACAUUCACCUGCUGGCCGUAAUUCUCGGCUCGUUGAACAGGCAUCAUCAAGAUUUCUGCAUCUCUGUUAUCGACGACCUGCUCGAGAACAUCACACUUGGGCUUGAGCUGAACGACUUCAAGUUCAAUCAACGCCGGGUUGCCGAGGUGAAGUACCUUGGAGAGCUCUAUAUCUAUAGGAUGGUGGACUCGCCUGUCAUCUUCGACACCUUGUACAAGAUUGUGACUUUCGGGCAUGAAGGCGGCACGCCCAAGCCUGGAGCGAUCAAUCCUCUGGAUCCUCCGGAUGACUUCUUCCGCAUUCGCCUUGUCUGCAACUUGCUCGAGACGUGCGGAAUGUACUACGACAAGGGCCAAGCUAAGAAGAAGCUCGAUUUUUUCUUGACCUUUUUCCAGUACUACAUCCACACCAAGGACCAGCUGCCGAUGGAUAUCGAGUUCAUGGUGCAAGAUGCUUACGCCAUGACACGCCCACAGUGGAAGCUUGCCGCUUCUCUUGAAGAGGCUGGAAAUACCUUCGCGGAGGCUGUCAAGGCGAACUAUCAGCUGCAAUCGUCACAGCCCAGCGGAGACCAGGAAGAGCAAGACGAUGACUCUGGCGCCGAAGACGGCGACGAAGGGGAUGGAGGCGACGAUGACGAGCUGGAAGCCCGUGAAAGACACGACGGCUCCUCCGGCGAAGAUGCCGAUACCCCUGGUGAAGAGGACCAGGAUUCAAGCGAUUCCGAUUCCGAGGAGGAAGAAGAGCAUAUCGUCGUCACUCGUCCCGAGGACGAGAGGGACCCUGAGGCUGAUGCAGAGUUUGACCGUGAAUUAGCGAAAAUGAUGGCUGAAAGUCUAGAUUCCCGCAAGUUCGAACGUAAGCCGAUGUUCGAUGUGCCACUUCCGAUGAAGCGCAGCCGCGACACGACCGCCUCGACCGAAGACAACGCCGAACAGGAGGCUCCGAACAGUGCACCUACCAUGAAGUUCGCUUUGUUGAGCAGGAGGGGAAAUAAGCAACAGACCAAGUCCAUCGACCUACCUGCAGACUCAACCUUUGCUGUUGCUAUGCGCACACAACAGGAGGCCGAGCGCGCUGAACAGCAACGCAUCAAGAACCUCGUUCUGAACUAUGAUCUCCGGGAUGAAAACGAAUCAGAUGGUGAUAACGACCCUCCCUUGACUCCCAAUUUGAACAAGCAGCAACGAAUCCUUACUCAGCAGCAGCGAGGGGGCUGCCAGCGGAACAAGUCGCAGAACGGCAGCACCUCUCCCGCUCCGCCCCGCCCCAACAACACUGGCUCAAGCAACGUGCAACAGAACAACAAGAACGGCAAUGUUAACUUCUAUGAUAACACGGCAGGUGGCCUCGAGAAGCAACACAACCCGUACAAUGUCCCGCGCAUUGACAAGGCGAGCAACAACCGAAGCACGCAGCGCGCGAGGAAGCUGCAAUUGAGCGACGUUGACUGGUAUGAGAACACCAACUCCCAACAAUACAAAGACGCUGCUGCGAACCAAACUUCUUCCAAAAGCCGUGGUAUUCGAAAGAAUGGCCAGCCGAGGAAGACGAGGGGUUGA